AUGGGAAACGUUCCUGGCGGCGUGUGGGUUUUUGCCAGGCGAGGGAAGAGGUCCUGCACAUGCGCGGGGAUGCCUAGAAUAGCAAUGGCGCACUAUCUUAAUAUGGCAGCGAGCGUCAACUGGAACCUCGGAACACGAAGUCGAUCAGGUGGGAUGAGCGUGUCUCUUGCGAGCCCAGACGGUCGUGUUGUCGGUGGAGGAGUUGCCGGCCUGCUGGUGGCAGCAAGUCCUGUUCAGAUUGUGGUCGGGAGCUUCCUGCCAAGCUACCAGAUGGAGCAGAAGAACAAGAAGCCGCGAGUGGACGUGGCGCCUGCCACCGUCCCUCAGACGCCUCCCGCGCGCGGUCCCGAUCUCAAGCGCGGACACCCACAGCAGCGAGCAAGGGCAGCAGAGCUCUGCGGCCCAGAGAGGGAUGACCUCAGGAGGAGCCUACGGCGCGGACCAGAGCUGGGCAUCCCCUGCGCAGCAGCCGAUGGCGGAGGUGUCCAGGACGCUGUCGUCUGGGGACCUGAAGAUGACCGCGUCCGGAUCAUGAGCCCUCUGAUACCCAGCCGGAGCUAG